CGCCGCUUUCUUCGUGGGCUUGCAGCUUUAACCGGUCUGGCUCGCGCGUCUUCCAAUGGCUGCGCCCCUCGACACCUCCGCACAGCUGAGCCUCGUUAUUCAAAUUAACACAGGCCCUCGUUCUGCAAUCUUUCGAUCGAUCCUACGCCUACUGUAUAUUUUCGAACUACUCUCAUCCCUAUCUCCUCUCGAUUUGGAUUGAGCUGCAUAUCCAAUGCCGUUGUUUCGUCCUGAUCGGUGCGGGAUGUGAGGUCAACAUGAGCGAACGGUAUCUCAGCCGAGCCAGAUUCUGGAAAUCCGCACAACAUCCGUAUCCUGACGUCGAAGCAUGUAUCGGUACGGAAAUCGGAAUAUUUCAUGACAGAUACUGGUGGCAUGCUGUGGGACCCGCCCGGCAGCAUUUCAGCCUUCUCGAACCCGAAAUCGUGGAACAACUCAACUCAGUAUUUAUUGAGCAGUAUUCAAGCAUUUUGCUCUUUCAUUUGUACAUGAUAGGCCGAUCAGUGGAGGCAGCGUCGCCUACUAUCAUGUUUUUUAGUGAGGAGAAGGAAGCACGCAAGAGAGCCAAGAAGGCUCUCGAUCAUGGAGGACUUCUCGAAAGAUUACCAGGGUUCCGAACAGCCCAUCUGGCUAGACAACCUGGUGUGGGAAAACUGAUACAACCUGCAGCUGGGAGUGACGAUACUCCACAAUCGAGCGACUCUGACAUGGUAACCGAAGUCUAUUUCGAUGCUUCGUACCCUGUCAAAGCUAUUGGAAUGCCCAUUUUCAUUAAACAUUCCGAUGAGACUUUCCGAAAGGCCACAGCCAAUGCUGUCUUUGAAGAAGACAAGUGCGUUUAUUUGUCAGUCUCUCACGUAUUCUUCGACGACAUCUCUUCAACACCAAAUGAAUCAGUUGUAAGCGACGGAGAGUAUGACUUCGGAAGCGGAACCGAGUAUGAGGACGAGGAUGAAUGUCUCAACGCUACAUCGCGGGCUAGCGUCAGUUCAUUUGGGGGAAGCCUCAGCGACUGGCCGGGCUCAACCACAUCUAAGCCCUCUUCCUCAAUGCACUCGCCCAACACUAGUUCCGUAGUCUCUUCACCUCUUGGAGAUGACAGAUUCUCUAGCAUGGUAGCAGUACUUGCAGAUUCCCACAUCGGACAACAACCAGCUCAUAUUGCCAGCAAUCAACCUCCACGAGGAAACUUGGAGUAUCUGGGCAAUAUGACGCGGCAUUCAGUAAAGCUUGAUUGGGCAUUGAUCGAAAUUAGCAAUGCUAGAGUGGCUUCUACUGUCCAUAAUCUCAAAGCGAGUGUACGAAAGGAGGAUAAUGACUUAAAUCCGGGCACCGACAAAGAACCCGAUAAUGUUGUUGCGCACACUUCUCGAGGUCCAAUCGUUGGACAGCUGUCUCGUGAAACAGUUUUUAUGCGACUACCCAACAGCACCAGCUUCCAGAAAGUCCACCAAAUUAUGCUAGAUUCUGCUCUCGAAUGGGGCGAUUGCGGUGUUGGUAUCUCAGAUGCGGCGACCAAGGAGCCCUACGGACACGUCGUUGCAACUUCGGCAACAAAGGAGAUAGCAUAUCUCGUACCAGCACAAGAGGUUUUCCGAACAUCCGGAACGCAAUGGGCAGCUGAUUUGGAGGCUAUAUCUGUUUCUCCCAGAUUGAGUGAAAUACAAGAAACCAAAACUCGUACCUUUUCAAGUUGUAGUAUGGAAUCUUCGGCAGAAGAGAAACCCAACAAUAAAGGAUCUCCGAGCUUCCAACAUCCGUUCUGGUUCAGUGAGACGUUAGGUGAAACAGCAGCAUGCUUGAGUCCAGUCUCUCCAAAAUCUAUGCUUGCACAGUACACGACAACCGUACCGAUAAAGAAAGAGGAAGACGCACCUCUUUCAAGCAUCGCGUUUCCCAAACAAGCAGAUCCAGAUCCAGAGCCAACCUUGAUUUACAGUCCUUCGCGACAUAGUAAAGUCCCUAACGUCAAGCGAAUGAUGGAUUACACAUCCGGAAACGUCAAUGCUGCUUGUGGAACGGCACCUGCCCCCAAGGAAGUGACGGCCAGCUACUUAAGAUCGACCAAAGACAGAGUGAACUACUCCAUCAAGCUCAGAUCAUCCCCGAUAGUACGCCCUGCAAUCGUUGACAACUGCGAAUCUUUGUUCAACAAGAUAGUCAUACCUCAGUUAUACUCGCUUGGUGAGGGUUUGGAGCCUUUUGGGACAAUGUUCGCUAGCCGGGACGUCAGAGUCAAUUUAGAGGGACUCAAACAUAUUUUUUCAAAAUACUUCAUGACCUGGGAAAUGGAGGAAGUUUGGAUACCAAGAUGUCUAGAACGCUCACAUACCUUCCUUGGCACUCUCUACAUAGCAUCGGCCUACAACGAUGUUAUUUCCAAAAGUAUAGUGGAGAGUCUUGAGACUGCAGCAUUGCGACAAGAUGUGAUUCAUCUUGUUUCUGAGCACCUUACUAGGAGGGAAGAAUGCGUUGCUGAUCACAACAUUCUAGCAGUACUGCAACUUAUUACUGGAAACGUCAUAGUUUGCAUGGAGGCAGGGUUGUCAUUUCAUCAGAAUGGGUUGCAAACUAUGAUUCAACAACGCGGAGGCCUGCAAAAACUCGAUUCGACAUUGGCAUCAAUGGUCUCAUGGCUUUCGUUAGAGACGGCCAUUCUUCUUGAGAAUCAGCCAAUGACCGAGUACCUUGAGUACUGCGUGUCCCAAUCGACUAAGAUGUACCCAUCAACAUUAGCGAUACCAGAAUCGCCGAUCUGGUGUCCCCAUGAGGAUUACAUCACGUUACGUAUGUCCGGUAGUUGUAACGAGCAGACACUACAAUUGGUGGUGGACAUGCGCUAUAUGAUUGAUGGUCUGAUGAACAAGAAGGAAUCAGCGACUCGAGCCUCUGAGUAUUUUGAUUUUCUUCACAAGAAACUCACUACCAUAUAUAUUCCAGUGUCUCAACGGCAGAUUUCCGAAGAGAUUAGGUGCGAAGACUGGAGAUAUGAAGCGGUCCGCUUAGUAUCAACCAUCCAAGCCACAUCUCUUGCCAGACGCAUCCCACUGAGUGAGGCACUUGCUCAAGUGUACGUAGCCGACGUCUCUUCGGUUCCGCGGCUUGCCAGUGACCCGUUUUUUCCUCACAAAAAGAUGACGACCUCGGAUGAAGACCUGUUCGCGUCCUCAGUUAGGCCAUCCGCAGUAUCUGUUGUAAGCUCGGGAUGCACUCCCAUGACGAUAGAUUCCGGACACUCUGAACUCUCUUCCCUUCCAUCUAUCUCCACGUCCUCGGUUAGUUCGUCGGCUUUUCUAUCUUCUAAUAUCUUGGAAAAGCGUUCUUCUCAGUCAACAUUCCUCCAGGAGCUCAGAGAUGCGCUUGAGAAGUCGGACAUGUCUAAUUGCUGGGACAACAUGGCAGGUGUACUUUUGUGGAUAGCUCUUACGGCUGGUGCGGCCAGUAGUGAUAGUGAUCACAAAGUGCUUCGAAGGUACUUCUCCGCCCUAGCGAUCAGAGUUUCAAUGUUUCUGUGCUUCGAGCACCCUGAAGCUUUGCAUGCGACACUUCUGCGGAUGACGAAUAUUCUUAAGGCAUUGCACCAGCCAGAGGAAAACCAGCGGUUGAAGAGAAGAAAGGUGUGAAUCAUAUUUGGCAAGUUGAGAGCUCCUUAUGAGAUGAUUGAAAGCUCGUAAAACUAUCUGCCCGGCGUAGUCCUUGCUCAUGUACCAAACAACAACCUGUGUUCUGUCAGAAGACCUCGUUGAAACCACUGCUUUCACAAAAAAGGUUUCCCUACCCUACCAUGUACUAAAAAAAUUGAAGAGGGUAUCACUACGCCGAUUAUCGUACAAAACCGUCCCAUCGUACGUGUACAUCCAAACGUCAUAUAAAAAUAAU